GAUGCCAGUUGGGAGCGAGCAAGACAAGCACAUGAGGAAGUUCAAGAACAGAGGCAAGGAUGUGGCUGCAAUGAGGAGGCAGAGAGUGGAGGUGAACAUUGAGCUUCGGAAGGCCAAGAAGGAUGAGCAAAUCCUCAAGCGCAGAAGUAUUUCCAUCACUCCACUAGAGGAAAGUUCUGCGUGUCAAGAGAAGAAGGAGAUUAUUCAGAUGUCCUUGGAGGAAAUAGUCGAAGCUGUGAAUGGGAGCAACACUGAGCUACAGCUGCAGGCGACGCAGGCAACCAGGAGAAUGCUGUCCAGGCAGAGGGACCCACCUCUCAAUCACAUCAUUGAACUGGGGAUUAUCCCCAGGCUGGUUGAGUUCCUGACCCGGGCAGACAACGCUGCUCUGCAGUUUGAAGCAGCCUGGGCCCUGACUAACAUAGCGUCCGGCACCUCGGAGCACACCAGAGCCGUGGUGGAAGGAGGUGCCAUCCCGGCCUUCGUGUACCUCCUGUCCUCCCCGCACAUGCAUAUCAGCGAGCAGUCUGUGUGGGCACUGGGCAAUAUAGCAGGUGAUGGUCCUCUGUACAGAGAUGCUCUUAUCAAUUGCAAUGUGAUUCCUCCCUUGCUGGCUCUGGUGUCACCUGUAACUCCAAUUGGGUUCCUGAGGAACAUCACAUGGACACUGUCAAACCUCUGUAGGAACAAGAAUCCCUACCCUCCCCUGCAUGCAGUGAAGAAGAUGCUGCCAGUCCUCAUCUGCCUCAUACAGCACGAAGACAAGGAAAUAAUUUCGGACUCCUGCUGGGCCCUGUCCUAUCUGACUGAUGGAUCCAAUGACCGCAUCCAACUUGUGGUUGAUACAGGGAUUCUCCCAAGGCUGGUGGAACUUAUGGCUGACACGGAGUUGAUUGUUUUGACUCCAGCCCUCCGUGCCAUUGGGAAUGUAGUCACCGGGACGGAUGAGCAGACCCAGGCAGCUAUCAACGCCGGUGUCCUGGCUGCCCUGCCCCGGCUCUUGCGGCACACGAAGGCCACGAUACAGAAGGAAGCGGCGUGGGCUCUCAGUAACAUCGCGGCAGGGCCCUGCCGGCAGAUCCAGCAGCUCAUCACCUGUGGAUUGUUGCCACCUCUUGUGGAGCUGCUGGAGAAGGGAGACUUCAAAGCUCAGAAGGAGGCUGUGUGGGCUGUGGCCAACUUCACAACGGGAGGUACUGUGGAGCAGGUGGUGGAACUUGUCCAGUCUGGGGUGCUCAAACCUCUGCUUAACCUACUCUCUGCCAAAGACAGCAAGACUAUCCUGGUCAUCCUGGAUACGAUUGCAAAUCUCUUCCUGGCAGCUGAGAAGCUGGGAGAGACUGAAAGGCUGUGUCUGCUAGUGGAAGAGCUUGAUGGUCUGGAGAAAAUUGAAGCCUUGCAAACCCAUGACAACAACAUGGUCUACCGAGCUGCUCUGAGUAUCAUAGAGAAGUACUUUGCUGGUGAGGAGAGUACGGACUUCCAGCCUGGGAGUGAUGAAGAUGGACAACUGGACUUCUCGGAAAAGCGAGACUUCAACUUCUGA